CCCAUUCAUCCCCCACUUUCCUCUGAAAUUCACCCGUCUGCCCUUUCGUGCAACCUCGGUACCACCAUGGCCACCAUCCCCGUUGAUCCGCUCGAGAAGGUCGUCGUGAAGCUGCCCCCUCCGGCCUUUUCCGACAUUGCAAAGGCCUCCAACGACCUCAUCAACAAGGACUUCUACCACGCUGCCGCAGCCGCGCUCGAGGUCAAGCUCAAGGCACCCAACGGCGUCAGCUUCACCGCCAAGGGAACGUCGGCGCAUGAGGGACCCGUCUCCUCCUCGCUCGAGGGCAAGAAGGCGCUCGCCAACGGUACACACUCCCUUCCUUUUCCUUCAAGUCUUGUCCAUUGUCUAUCGCUUCCAAUACGAUUAUUCGAGUCUGAUUACUUCCAAUCCUUCCCUCACUUUCGAUGCUUGAGAUCCGGUCUGCAAGUACACUAUCGGUCAUCAACAUUCUCACCCUCAGAUUUCCAACCUAAGCGAGUAAUCAUCUUUCUGACGUACAGACGGCCAGGCAUCAGCAUCACGCAGUCGUGGAACACGGCCAACCUGCUCUCCACCAAGGUGGAGCUCGACAACACCUUCGCCAGCGGCCUGAAGACGGAGGUGCUCUCCAACUUCAACCCCGCCAAGGGCAACCAGGGCCAGAAGCUCAACUUCCACUUCAAGCAGGCCAACUUCCACGGCCGCGUCUUCGCGGACCUGAACCCCAGCGGCGCCGUCAGCACUACCGCCGACGCUGUCCUCAGCCACGAGGGCUUCCUGGUUGGAGGUGAGGUCGGCUAUGAUGUGCAGAAGGCUGCCAUCACCAAGUACUCGGCCGCCGUCGGCUAUACCACUGCCACGUACAACGCCGCCAUCACUGCCACCAACUCCCUGAACGUGUUUGCCGCCUCGUACUACCAGAAGGUGAACGCCGCCGUCGAGGCUGGCGCUAAGGCCACCUGGGACGCCAAGCAGGGCUCCGCUGUUGGCCUCGAGCUCGCGGCCAAGUAUAAGAUUGACCCGGCCUCCUUUGCAAAGGCCAAGAUCAACAACCUCGGCAUCGCGUCGCUUGCGUACAACACCAAGGUCAACAGAGGUCUUACCUUUGGCAUUGGCGGCUCGUUCGAUACGCAGAAGCUCAACGAGGCUGGCCACAAGCUCGGAACCAGCUUUACCUUCGAGGGUUAAAUGGGUACGAUGGGAUGUGGCUGGAGGUGUAGAACGGUUGGAUGGAGCAUGUGCGUGGGCUAGGAUUUCAGCGACGCAGCGAGUCGACAUGUUUUGCUAGUCAUGCCAUGAGCAUUCAGUUUGCAUUGCACGUUGACAUGUACAACAGUUCACUCAAUGCCGCAUUUAAUACCCACUUUUGUACAUGGGACUCUCCGCUCGCCAACCAUGGUCAUUACCUGCGUUCAGACCUGGGACCUUCGGUCCUAUCCUUUAUUAACUUGGCACCCAAUCCUAUACAAACGAGGGUACCGGAGAUCAUCAGGAACCUUGCAAGGGUCCCGUGGACUUCG